AUGUCGGUCAAUGCGGUCCCCCAGGUGUUCAUGCCUAUACUAGGCUUCGUGAAAGCCGAACUCGUCGUCAAUUGUAUUUUAGUCCUUUUAGUUUUGGCAACUGUCACUUUAAGAGUUAUAGGACGACUUAGAGGUCCGGGGCUAGGUUGGGAUGAUUAUAUGGUUAUCUUCGCGACGCCUUUGGGUGUCGGCAUGUUGGCAUGCCAAGGACUUUUUGCACCUAUAGGAAAUGGUUAUAAUUUACCCGAACAUCCAGAACUUGCGGCCAAUAUUCCAUUUAUCCUCCAGUUGACAUUUUGCAUGCAAGUUAUAUAUGUCACCUUAUUAGCAUCAGUAAAAGCGAGCAUGCUGUUCUUCUUCCUACGCGUUUUCGCCACCCCUUUCAUGCAACGCGCUGGUCAGGUCUGUUUGGGAUUCGUGGCGGCCUGGCUUGUAUCAUACCUCGCCUCCUGCAUUUUCCUCUGCACUCCGAUCUCGGGACAGUGGACUGGUAUUGGCCAAUGUGGUGCAUAUAUCCCCAUGAUUCAAUCUUUGAUUGUGACAAACGCAAUUGGAGACAUUAUCAUCAUGGCGCUCCCAAUGAAGAUUAUCUGGUCUUUACAAACGCGAACAACUGACAAGAUUGGGAUCACAUCGUGCUUCGCGUUGGGUAUUGCCUGUGUUAUCUGUGCCGUCUUCCGAGUGAUAUACAUUUCCACCGUGGAUCUGAACAGUAAUAUCACAGGCACAAUGCCUACCACAAUUUUCCUCUUCAUCCUGGAGCCCAACCUAGCUAUUCUCUGCGUCAGCAUCCCGAUGUUGCGACCGUUUUGGGUUAGAUACAAGGAAAGCACCCGCGGCGCCUCAAAGUUGCAUGAAUAUUCGGAUCAGCAGACUAUUGGAUCUAAGGGUAUGAAAAAUUCCAACCAGAGAAGCAAGAACGCAAAUACCUUGACGGACACUAUGAACAUGACAACUUGGGAGAUGGACGACUACAACCAAGAGGGGGGUAAAUUCGAUGCUACGGCAGCUACGUACGCCGAUGAGUCUGGGUCGGAGAAAAAUCUGACGACGUCUCCCCAAUUACCAGCAAAGAACGCAAUUGCCGUUGAGACGAAAUGGACUGUCACUCGGAACUAA